AUAUUGAAAUUGCAAAAGGAAACAAAAACACUCGGCAGCGGACCUUCAUCCAAUCGCCGCAAAUCCCAAUUGCCCGUUCGUCUCCAGACCGCCGCUCCUUCAAUCCCAUCGCCGCCGCAACCGCUCCUGCUCCCAUCGCCGCCCACCCGCCCCUGCCCGGUGUAUGCUGAUGACGUGAUCCAUCCGUGGGGUGGGUUCCUGCGCGGGGAAAGAAUUCGUCGGGGGUCUGCGGAACCCUAGGUGCUCCUCGGCGGCGAGGAUGCCGGGCCUGCCUCUGCCUCCUCGCGACGCCGGGAACGCUGGAUGUGGCUAUGGUCAUCCUGGGUCUGCAGACCAGGUCUGCCGUCAGCAUUCAAGAGUUGAAUUGUCUCCAGAUGAGCUACAUGCUGCUGAAGAAAAUUUUGCUUUGUAUUGCAAGCCUAUUGAGCUGUACAAUAUUAUUCAACGCCGAGCCAUUAAAAAUCCCACUUUUAUUCAAAGAUGCCUUCUUUACAAGAUACACGCAAGGCGGAAAAAGAGGAUUCAGAUAACCAUAUCACUUUCUGGAAGUACAAAUACCGAAUUGCAAGCACAGAAUAUCUUUCCUCUUUAUGUUCUAUUAGCUAGACCUACUAGUAAUGUUUCGCUUGAAGGGCAUUCUCCAAUAUAUCGAUUCAGUCGGGUUUGUUUGCUUACUUCUUUUAGUGAAUUUGGAAAUAAAGACAACACUGAAGCCACAUUCAUCAUUCCUGAUGUGAAGAAUUUGUCAACUUCCCGUGCCUGCAACCUUAACAUUAUCCUUAUUAGCUGUGGGCAAGUCGGGCAAUCUAUUGGUGAAGAUAGCUGCUCUGGGAACCAUGUGGAAGGCUCUUCCCUCCAAAAGCUUGAAGGGAAAUGCUCCUGGGGUAAAAUACCGACUAAUUUACUUGCUUCAUCUUUGGAGAAUUGUGUGACUUUAAGUUUGGGACAUACCGCAGAGUUGGCUUCUACAGUUACAAUGAGCCCAAGCUUCUUAGAGCCAAAAUUUCUGGAGCAAGACAGUUGCUUGACAUUUUGCUCUCAUAAGGUUGAUGCUACGGGUUCAUAUCAAUUACAAGUAUGCAUAUCCGCGCAAGAGGCUGGUGCAAGAGUCAUGUCUAUGUCUCCUUAUAAUAGUUACUCAUAUAAUGAUGUCCCACCUUCGUCACUAUCAAAUAUAAUAAGUUUAAGAGCUGGCAAUGUGCUUUUCAAUUACAAGUACUACAAUAAUACGAUGCAAAAGACUGAAGUCACUGAAGAUUUUUCUUGCCCAUUUUGCUUGGUACGGUGUGGAAGCUUCAAGGGUCUGGGAUAUCACUUGAACUCAUCGCAUGACCUAUUCAACUUUGAGUUUUGGGUAUCAGAAGAGUGCCAGGCUGUUAAUGUUAGUUUGAAGGCUGACGCCUGGAGAACUGAGCUUGUGGCGGUGGGAGUUGAUCCAAGGCAUCAAACAUUUUCUUACCGCUCAAGGUGUAAGCAGCGUAAACGAUUGAAAAACACAACUGAGAUAAUCAGGCAUGUACAUUCACAUAUUAUGGAAUCAGGGUCGCCUGAAGAUGCCCAGGUGGGGUCUGAAGACGACUAUGUGCAAGGGGAGAACGGGACUUCCGUAGCACAUGCUUCAAUUGAUCCUACUCACUCUUUACAUGGUAGCAAUCUUUCACCACCAACAGUACUCCAAUUUGGAAAGACAAGGAAGCUGUCUGCUGAGCGGGCUGACCCCAGAAAUCGGCAACUCCUGCAAAAACGUCAGUUCUUCCAUUCGCACAGGGCCCAGCCAAUGGCAUUCGAACAAGUGUUCUCAGAUCGUGAUAGUGAAGAUGAAGUUGAUGAUGAUAUUGCCGAUUUUGAGGAUAGAAGAAUGCUUGAUGAUUUUGUUGAUGUUACAAAAGAUGAGAAGCUUAUUAUGCAUAUGUGGAAUUCAUUUGUUCGUAAACAAAGGGUGCUAGCUGAUGGUCAUAUACCUUGGGCCUGUGAGGCGUUCACCCAGUUCCAUGGACGACAACUUGUACAGAACCCUGCUCUACUGUGGGGUUGGCGUUUUUUUAUGAUUAAACUCUGGAACCACAGUCUUCUAGAUGCCCGCACUAUGAAUGCAUGCAACACAAUUCUCCAAGGCUUUCAAGAUGAAAGCUCAGACCCAAAGUAAUUUGGAUGCUUUGAAAUUGCUGGCCAACUCGUCUAGAGUGCAUUGGUAGCUAGUAGCUGAAUCCUUGUCUGAGGCGAUCAUUGUUUUACUCAUGACUCUUUUCAGUUGUAUUAAUUAUUGUUGUUAGAAGAAGGUGCGGGGGCUAUUCCCAACUGUAAUGUCCCAGAUGAUACAUGAAUUUGAUGAAUAUUCGGUGCAGUUUCGUAUUCAGCUUUAUGGAACUUUGUUUUUUUUAAAUAAUGGAAGUACAACUUUUGGCC